GUCGCGGGCGCGUCAGCUGGACCAAUAGCCAAGUAGCCAAAAGCCCAAAAAAUAAAAAUAAAAACAAAAUAAUAUCAAAAGAAGCAAACACAUCCAUUUAGCCAAGGCAGCGCCAAAACGAGUCAAGAAAUGCCCACGCCCGAUUGAGUGUAUUCAGUGAGGCGCGCGCGAGUCGAGCUAGAAAUUGUCUAGAUAUUUUGUAAAUAAACAAACAGAGACACGAACAAAAGAUACAUUUCAUUAGCAAAGAUAUUCAGACUGUUGAUCAAGUGCAAAUAGAAAAUAAUAAAAAAAAAAACCUAGUGCGUGGAAUGGUGCGGCUAAAGCGAGGCGUUAGCGCAAUGUGAUCGGGCCGAUCGAUGGGAACGAGAUCGAGAUCGCGAUAUCGAGCGUGGGGUUCUGGUGCCGCCCAGGCGAGGAGUCCCUAUUGUAUAUAGUCAAUAUUAACGGGCAAUCUAUUUCCAUUGUAUGCGUUUCAUCUAUCUGUGUGCAUCUCUCUCUCUCUCUGUGUAUGUAUGUAUCCGUGUCUGUGCACUUCAUUGCAAACCACAACAAAAACAAAAGUUAAAUCUUAAAUAAUUCAAAUAAAUUAAUCAAAAGUCGCGCGAGUCUUACGCACACGCCACAAACACACAAGUUUCGGUGCAAAACGGGUAAAAAAACAAAAACAUAAUCGAAUUAUUACGAAUCACAAAACUAUGCUAGGCAUUAGAUAAAUUAUUAGAAUUAAUUGGGUGUUAGAGCAAUAAAUACUGAACGCGCGCAAACGAAUGCAACGCAUUUUCUAAUUUAAUUGUAAAUAUAUAUACAACAUAUAUAUAUAUAUAUAUAUAUCGAAGCGAGGCGGGCAGCGCCAGCAUGGGACCAAUCAGACGCUAGACAGAGAUAGACGCACACUUGACAACAUGGACUACGCCAAGGUGGAUCCGAGCAUCAAUACGGGCAACAUAAGCACCGACGACUUUCUGGCCGUAUUCACGAGCGGUAUUCCGACAACAACAACAACCACAAUAUCGCCGCUGCCAAAUGGAAAUCCAGGUGGGACACUCAAUCCGCCGCUGGUGACAGUCGACGGGCAGGUGCAGCUGCUGCCGAAUCUGCUCGACCUGACGCCGUCGGUGAAUGAUACGAUCUAUCUGCUGAAUGGGAGCUUGUACAAUGGCAGCCUGCAGCUGGCGGGCAGCUAUUACAAUCAGACGCCGGCCAAUCUGAGCCUGGGUCUGCUGGGCAACGGCAGCAAUGCGACGGAGCUGCACUGGGAUGGACGCUAUCCGAGCGGAUAUACGCUGACGCACAUCGUGAUCGCCUCGAUCAUUGUGACCAUACUGAUGAUCAUCAUUGUUGUGGGCAAUAUGCUGGUGAUCAUUGCCAUUGCCACUGAGAAGUCGCUGAAGAAUAUACAGAACUGGUUCAUUGCCUCGCUGGCCGUGGCCGACUUCUUUUUGGGUUUGAUUAUCAUGCCCUUCUCGCUGGCCAACGAGCUGAUGGGCUACUGGGUCUUCGGCAGCUGGUGGUGCGACAUACACUCGGCCAUGGACGUGCUGCUCUGCACCGCCUCCAUUAUGAAUCUGUGCCUCAUCUCGCUGGAUCGCUACUGGAGCAUCACCAAGGCCGUUGACUAUCUGAAAUCGCGCACUCCGGCCCGUGCCGCUGUCAUGAUCACCGCGGUGUGGAUUAUGUCCGCACUGAUAUGCAUUCCGCCGCUGCUCGGCUGGAAGGUCAAGAUGCCCGAGGGUCCGCUGCCAAAGUGCGAGCUAAGCGAGGACAUUGGCUACGUGCUUUACUCGGCGCUGGGCUCCUUCUAUAUACCCAGCUGCAUCAUGGUCUUUGUGUACAUACGAAUUUACUUUGCCGCCAAGGCGCGGGCGAGACGGGGCAUUAAAAAACAUCCGCGCAAAACAAACAACGAACAGGUAACGAGCUUCACCACCGCCAACAAGAAAGGCACAAUACCGAUGCCAUCCUCCAGCUCGGGCGGAGCGCAGCUGCAGCUGCAUCAGCAGCGACAGAUAGCCACCAUUGAGACCCCACCGAAUAGCGCGACAUUGCCGAUGCAAAUACCGACGGUCACCAUGGAUUUGGCCUCCGAUAUAUCCACCUCGGAGGCGGGCGAGCUGGAGGCUGUGGCCGCCCAGGCGGCGCUGGCCUAUGCCAAUCCCAAUGGGGCAACCAGUCCAGCUGCCGGACUGGACGGCCUGACCGGCUCGCCCAAGGAAACGCUGCAGGUCAGCACAAUUGCGACGGGCCGCGGCAUUGGGCUCAAUGUGCCCGUGCCGCCGUCGAUGGGCGGCAGCAACAACUCCGUCAAUGUGCUGAACAACAACAACGGCUGCGUGGCCACAGAUGCCGUUGGAGCCACGUUGCAGCCGGGCGGCAACAGUGGGGGGGCAGCUGGCGUAGCUGGCGGCGCGGCGAGCAGCAAUGAGCUGCGUGUGUCGCCGAUUGCCGGACGGUGUCGUGCCCUAUCCGUGGGCAUCGAUACGGACAUGGUGAGUGAAUUCGAUCCAUCCAGCUCGGAUUCGGGCGUGGUCAGCCGCUGUGCGGUUGUCAAGCCGCUCAAAUUUCGCCUUUGCCAGCCGAUCUUUGGACGCAAAUCGAAUCAGCAGCGCCGCAACGAGGCCAAGGCGGCCGCCGUUGCGGCCAAGAACAAUGCAGCCGCCGCCGCGGCCAAGGCCAAGGAGCUGACGGCCAAAACCGAACUCGAACCGGCCAUACCAAAGACGCCAAAGCCGCGCGAUCCCGAGAAGGAGAAGCGACGCAUCGCAAGGAAAAAGGAGAAGCGCGCCACCCUUAUACUGGGCCUAAUCAUGGGCAGCUUCAUCGCCUGCUGGCUGCCCUUCUUCUUUCUGUAUAUCCUGGUGCCGGCGUGUAGCAGCCAUUGCAAUAUACCCGAGUCGGCGUUCGCGAUUGCCUUCUGGCUGGGCUAUAUGAAUUCGGCUCUCAAUCCGGCCAUCUAUACCAUAUUCAACAAGGACUUCCGACGCGCCUUUCGGCGCAUCCUGUUCAAGUGAUGUUUGGCCUACGUGUGCUGCUACAAGUGCGUCUAUGCCAGCAUCGAGAAGGCAACCGAACGCGCGAUGGGCAGCACACCCAUGGGCUAUGGGCAUGGCAUGUAUCAGCAUUACAAGCGUUAGAUUUGCUUUCAGUUAGUAAAUUAUUAUAUUGAUUCCCUAUAUUUAUUUGAUAUUUAUUGUGUUUUGUAAAAGUAACGAACAUUGUAGCUCAUUUCAAAAGCAAUGAACGGCUGUGAAUUUGAUGGAAUCUCUCAAUUUCAAUUUAUGCGUUUUCUGUUUUCAGUUGCCUUCCUAAGGCUGCCCUCGAACUGCAAACUUGAACCCCAGCUGCUGCACACACACACACACACGCACACACA